AUGCUGCGGCGGGACGACAUCAAGAGCCGGUUCCUCGAGGCCCCGGGGGGACUGACCAACGUCCUUGCUCUCACAGGGGCCGAGGAAGUCUCCCUCAGGCAGGCAGCGGUUCAGAUACUUGACACGCUCUGCGCGUACCCCCCCGCGCAGCCUGCCAUCGUGCGCGAAGGUGGCGCCCGCGUCCUGGUGGCGCAGCUUGCUAGCGAGGAUGAGUCGCUUCGAAGGACCGCAGCGAGAGUGGUGCGAGGGCUGUCGAGAAGCCCUCACACUACCCCGACAAGCCUCAUGGACCCCGACAUCGUCCGCUUCCUGCUGUGUCUUCUCGAGGAGGGAGACGAGCCUGCGGAAGAGCAAGAGGAGACUCUGUGCAUCGCGUACUUCACCAAGGUUUCUAGCGACGAGGGUGCUUGUUCGGAGCUGGCGGAGUUGGGGCUCUCGCGGUACCUGAUACGGGUGCUGCCAGAGAGGAGGCUGGAGCUGCAGAACAGUGCGUAA